GAUUUCAACGAGCACGUCACUAUUCUCGCGUUUUCCUUUUCUUCCACGUCUCUCGAAAACCUUUUUCCCCGUCGUCGAGUCCUUCAAGUUGGGAAAAUAAGGGAAGAAAAAAAAAGAAAAAAAAAAAAAGAAAAACAAAUAAAAGAAGAUAAGAAACGAAAGAGGAAAAAAAGUUACAAAAAAAAAAAAAAAAGAAGAAGAAGAGAAACCAACAAUUUCCGAAGAAACAUUUCUAUCUUCGUUUUUGUUCGUUAAGUGAGAGUGAGAAAGAGAGAGAGAGAGAGAGAGAGAGAGAGGGGGAAAGAGAGUAAAUUUCAUCGAUAGAAAGAAACGAAAAUAUAUUUCUAUCUUCUUUUUUAAAUCCCCUUUAUCCCCUACCCCACCCCAUCCCACUUUACCCUACGUUCGAUCAUUGACAAUCAUCAAGAAGUCAACUGCAGUAAUAUUCUGGAUCACAGUGAGAGGGAAAACGUCUAGAGAGGGAUCUAUUGUAAUUAUAUAUUCUAAGAAAAGGAAAUGAAGAAAAUGAAAAUGAAAAAAUAACAUGAAUAACAUAAUUAAAUAAAUAAAUAAAUAAAUAAAUAGGAAGGAAAGGAACAUUAAUGGCAGCUAAAUCGGACGUUAUAUAUGAUCGAUUGCAAUACGAUUGCGAAGAUCGUCGAACGAGUUAAUGAUCACGAUAAAAACGAGACAGCCGGCGAAAAGAAGUGAAAAGAAGAAGAAAAAGAAGAAGAAGAAGAAGAAGGAGGUGGUGGUGGUGGUGUUGGUGGUGGUGGUGGUGUUGGUAAUAGUAGUAGUAGUGAAAGAAAAGGAAGAAGCACGAAUGAUCGUAUCUCAUCUAGAACGAGCGCAUCGGCAGCGCAUGCAUCGACAUACAAUUCUCAAAGAAAACAACGCCGAUCGUCGACGUUCAACGUCGUCGUCGAUAACUAAGAAAGAAUCGACGACGAACGGUGGUGGUCCAAUACGUUGAAAGAAAAAAGGAACAUGGACAAAAACGAUUUUCUUGUUAAUCUUCAUUAUUUACCUAUCAUACUAUUCGUUUCCUUGCCGGCGGUGUUCGUUCUCACAUAUGUCAUAGCUGUAUUAUCUGAUCACGUGGAAGCAGGAUUUCCUUAUAUUUCCGACGUUGCUACCUCAGCACCAGAAAGUUGCAUAUUUGCUCAAUUUAUGAACAUGAUAGCUGCACUCAUGUGCCUCGUCAUCUAUAUAAGAUACUCUCAAGUGAAGGAAUGUACAAGUGCAUUUCGUCUUCAGGCAUCUCUACCAAGAUGGAAUUAUUGGGCCUUAAUUCUUGGCCUAACAACUACACUAGGUGUUUCGAUAGUUGCAAAUUUUCAAGAGACAUCGGUCAUCGUUGUUCACAUGAUAGGUGCAUUUUUAUGUUUUGGCGGUGGCACCGCAUAUUUUUGGACACAGGCUGUUUGUUCGUUCUACUUGCAUCCGCUCGGAUGUUCUUUAAGAAUGGCCCAUCUUCGAACGGCACUAUCAACAUUUUGCACAUUCUGCUUCUUCGUCAUAUUCAUAACCGGAGUCCUAGCUAGUCUGGCAUAUAAAGGUACGAAUCCUCAAAAAUGGUAUAAAGGUGACGGUGGUUGGGAACUUCACGUUGCUAGUACUGUCACCGAAUGGAUCUGUGCAAUUGCAUUUUGUAUUUAUAUCCUGACGUUCACCGAUGAAUUUAAAGACAUUAGGAUGAGUCAUCCAAAGAUUAUAUGCAAUUUCAACCGUUCAAGAUCAAGUAACGAGGUUCUGAACGAAAGUCAGGCUUCUCCGUUAUAUCAAGAACAAGAUAGUCCAACAGUCACCUGAUCCCUUAACGGCAGAGGUACCGGUGUCUAUGUGAACUUGC